AUUAACUCUGUUCUAUAAAAGUCACAUAAGAGAUUCAACAUAUACAGGUUAGAAGUUUAUAUACAGCCCUCAUGUUUCUGAAUGUCAUAUUAAUUUAGGGAUUUUUCUGAUUUAAGCCACUGCCCCAAGGUGGAUUUACAACUGCCCACAUGAACAAACCAAAGGCUUCUGCAGAAAAAUGUUUGGGUCAGAUAAAACAAAUGAUGAGCUUUUUUGUAACAAUAAUAAGGAAUUCUGUUUAGUGGAAUCUGGAUAAGGCUUUCAAACCCAAGAACAUUGUACCAACUAUAAAUCACAGUGGUACUAGCAUCAUGCUCUGGGUUUUUGUACCAAUGGUACUGUGCAUGGCACAAAGUGGGUGUAAUGAAAAAAAAAACGAGGACCACCUUAAGAUUUUUCAAUUUUCAACUCCAACCAGACAAUGAUUUCAAACUCAUCCAAAAAAGGUUUGGAGGAUAAAAUCACCUAAUAGCCUUUUCCAAAACCCUAAAUUUUAGCCCUGUUAAUAAUGUGUGAACUAUGCUUAAAAGUCAUGGCAAUGCAAGACAUCCAACUAUCUAUCUAUUCAUUUCAUCUUGGAAAAAUAAUAGCUGAAAUAAAUAAUAAAAAACCCAAAAUUGAUGAGUGGAUGUAAACUUUUUUUUCUUUUUUAAUCAUAACCGGUCUUUCAAUUAUUUUUUCGGUACUAGUGGCCUUUAUUUUUAUUUUUUGACAGUACGCCGACAGGAAAGAGGGGGAGACAUUCGACAAAUGUCGCCGGGUCCAGGACUCGAACCCGGGACAGCCGCUUCGAGGACUGUAGCCUCUGUAUAUGGUCACGCGCUUUAACCCCUACACCAUCAGCGCUGUGCCCGAGUGGAUGUAAACGUUUGACCAGAUCUCUACAAUAAGUUUUUUUAAAUUCCUUAUUUCAGGGGAGACUUUCUCUAUCCAGAUUCUACUGAACUCUAGAGACUGGAAGACUUGAGAUGCUUCAACUGCAACGUGCCUUCAUCUCUGUACCUCUGAAAUGGAAUCAGGAGACGAUACCUCCACCUCCCGAUGUCACCCUGUUCUGCCAUUACCACACAGCCACUCCAUCUCCUUCAAACCCAACAUUAUCUUUAUCACUUCCAGGCCACUGCUCUCUUCUUCCACGAGCUUUAAAUUUCCACCCUUCUCUCAGACUACACGUCAACGGUCUCCUGAGGACCCUCUUCGCCCUUCUAGCUGCCCUGAGCAUACUACCCUGUCAAGCACAUGCGGCCUGGUUUCAGGUCGGAGUGGUGGGACCGUGGGGGUGUGACCCCCUCUUCGCCAAGGCAUUUCCAAAUGUAGCGGCGCAGCUGGCGAUCAAUCGCAUCAACAGACACCCCAUGCUGUCCUACGCUGCUACGUUUGGCUACGUUGUGUUGCAGGAGCCUUGUGAAACCUCCAGAGCACUGGAGGCGUUUGUGGGUUUCCACACCAAGGCUUCUGGGUACAUUGGACCGGCCAACCCUGGAUACUGUGAUGCUGCUUCGAUGCUAAGUAAAGGCUGGAACAAAGCAAUAUUUCCUUGGGCUUGUGUUGGCUAUGAGUUGGAUGAUGUUCGGAGCCAUCCAGCAUUUGCCCGAUCUAUGGCAAGACCCACCGCCGUGCUACACAGUGUCAUGAGCUAUUUCAGGUGGGCUCACAUUGGCAUUAUCUCUUCUUCUGAAGACAUCUGGGUGGAUACAGCAACCAAGGUCGCAGACUCUUUAAGGAGCUAUGGGAUGCCCGUCAGAUUUGUCAGUUUUAUGGAAAACACACCUCAUGGCAUUAGGCGAAUUCUGGCCAAAGUCCGCAAGAUGAAAGAAAUAAAAGCUGUGAUCCUCUGCAUGCACUCAGUACUCAUUGGCGGCUCGGCCCAGAAGCUCCUCUUGGAAACAGCCUACGACAUGCAAAUGAUCGAUGGCUCCUUGGUGUUCGUACCCUAUGACACUUUGCUCUACAGCCUGCCGUACCUUAAUGCAACCUACCCUGCUGUGAAGAACAACAGCAAACUUGUACGAGCCUACGAUGCCAUGUUGACUAUCACCAUCGACUCUCCCCAGGUGUCAUUCUAUGAUGCAUACAGAGAGGCUAUUGAAAGAGGAGAGGUGGCAAGAACACUAACACCCCAACAGGUGUCUCCUCUGUUUGGUACCAUCUACAACUCGAUUCUGUUCAUGGCUCACGCAGUGCAUCGUGCUCGUGAGUCUGGAGCAUGGAUGUCUGGAGGAAACCUUGCACAACAUGUACAUAAUUUGGAUUUCCAGGGCUUUAGCCACCGUAUCAAAACCAGCAGCUCUGGAGCUGUUCAGCUGAACUACCUCAUCCUGGACACAGACGGGUCUACCUUGAAUCUGAUACCAACGUACAAGAUCGACAUGGAGAUCGGCAUGGUUCACUUCCUGGGUCGAGACAUUCACUUCCCACAAGGCUUUGGGCCCAGGAGGGAUGCUGUCUGCUGGUUUACUCCUGGAGUCAUCUGCUCAAGAGGAGUGGAUCUGUUCUUGACCUUCAGUAUGUUCUUUGGCUCUAUUGCUGCUUCUGUCUUUGCAGUGGCUCUCCUGUACUGCAUCAGGCGACGCGUCAAUCAGAUUCGAAUGGUCAGGGGUCCCAACAAGAUCCUGCUCACUCUCCAAGAUGUCACAUUUAUCAACCCAUCACUUAGUAACAAGAAGCUAAGUCUAGAUGACAGCAGGACCAGCGGUGGCCGGAGCACAUCUGAGCGCAGCCUCAACACACCCGCCUCCUCCCAGUCUCCAGCCACAUACGAAAAUUCAAAUGUCGUCAUUUUUGAGGGGGACUGGGCAUGGCUGAAGAGAUUGCCUGAUGGCAAGUUUGGCAACAUCAACCCUAAAACCAGUGAUCUCUUUGAACUGAUGAAAGACAUGCGUCAUGAGAAUAUUAACCCUUUCCUGGGCUUCUUUCAUGACUGCGGUGUGUUUGCCAUUGUCACCGAGUUCUGCUCCAGAGGAAGCCUGGAGGACCUGCUGCUGAAUGACGACGUCAAACUUGACUGGAUGUUUAAAUCUUCUCUUCUGUUGGACCUAAUUAAGGGUAUGAAGUACCUUCAUCAUCGUGGAGUGUGUCACACCCGUCUCAAGUCUCGUAACUGCGUGGUGGACGGACGUUUUGUCCUUAAGGUGACAGACUAUGGCUACAAUGAAGUUCUGGAGUCACAAAGGUUCCCCCUCGUUGAGGCACGCCCAGAAGAGUUGUUGUGGACAGCUCCUGAGAUCCUGAGAACCAGUCAGCCAGUACUCCACGGGACUCUCCCUGGUGACGUUUACAGCUUUGCCAUCAUCAUGCAGGAGGUGGUGAUCAGAGGGCCUCCGUUCUGCAUGCUAGACCUUUCUGACGCAGACAUAUUAGAAAAGCUGCGCAAGCCGCCUCCUCUGUGCCGUCCAGUGGUCAGUCCGGAUUAUGCUCCUAUGGAGUGCAUCCAGUUGAUGAAACAAUGCUGGACAGAACAACCAGACAAGAGGCCGACCUUUGACAAUAUAUUUGACCAGUUCAAAAACAUCAAUAAAGGAAAGAAGACCAACAUCAUAGACUCAAUGCUGAGGAUGCUUGAGCAGUACUCUUCUAACCUGGAGGAGCUGAUCAGAGAGCGAACAGAGGAGCUGGAGAUAGAAAAGCAGAAGACAGAGAAGCUGCUAACACAGAUGCUCCCCACGUCAGUGGCAGAGGCUUUGAUGGUGGGAGCGGUAGUGGAGCCAGAACAUUUCGAGAACGUGUCACUCUAUUUUAGCGACAUCGUUGGCUUCACCACCAUCUCAGCCAACAGUGAACCUAUUGAGGUGGUUGACCUUCUCAACGAUCUUUACACGCUGUUUGACGCUAUAAUAGGAAACCAUGAUGUCUACAAGGUGGAGACUAUUGGCGAUGCCUACAUGGUGGCAUCUGGUGUUCCGGUUCCCAAUGAUAACCGCCAUGCUUCAGAAAUUGCCAAUAUGUCUCUGGACAUCCUCAGUGCUGUGGGAACCUUCAAAAUGAGGCACAUGCCAGACGUUCCUGUUAGAAUACGUAUAGGACUCCACACAGGUCCGUGUGUAGCAGGCGUGGUGGGUCUCACUAUGCCUCGCUACUGUUUGUUUGGAGACACGGUGACCACUGCUUCUCGAAUGGAGUCCAGUGGGAUGCCCUACAGGAUUCAUGUCCAUCAGAGUACUGUAAAGGUCCUGCAGGAACUCAAUCUUGGCUACAAGCUUCAGUUGAGGGGCCGUACAGAAGUUAAAGGAAAAGGAAUUGAGGAAACAUAUUGGCUUACAGGGAGAGAUGGGUUCACCAAACCUCUGCCAGUUCCUCCAGAACUCAAGUCAGGGUGCAGAUCUUGCGAUGCUUCAAAAAUGUCUUUGGAUGAAUCAAGGGACAUGAAGCAGGUGUUUCACAAGGCAGUAAAAAAGAUCUCGCUCAUCCGCGUUGUGACGCAGCUCUAUGUGCCCGAAGACGACCACAACGUCAUGCUGACGCACCACUGAGGGACUGACUUUGGAGACAACUCAAGAGAGAAAGCUUCAGUGAUGCCUCCAUGCAGAACUCUCUGCAGCUGAGCCUCCUCCCCUGAGAGAUAAGGAGGUUAGUAAAAGUGUUAGUUGGGAUUAACAGGGGUCAGACCGUUUGUGUGUACAUCCCUGAGUAUUAGUGGCUCCAGCUGAGGAGAUGAGGUCUGAAUGUGGAAUGAUCUAUGGAGGCUGACAAGUGGUGAGUCGGCAAAGACGGGAUCUGCAGAAAGUGUCGGUCAGCAGCAGAGGAACGCAGCUAAUCUCUCUUGUUCAUUUCCAUCACCUUGGCUCCACUUUUGGAGGGACAAUUAUAAGGAGGAAGCUCUGUGGUGCUCUGUCUUGUUUAGUGUUUAAAUAAAUUAGUAAAACCCAAAAGGUUUAGGCUUGAACAGCACUUUAUGGAGCACAUGAACAUGAGUAGGCUUUUAAGACCGACUGAGUCUUUACUGUGUUAAUAAAUUUGUUUUGAAGUGCUUCUAAAUUUAAAAACUGCUUGAUUUCUAAUAAAUAAAAAAUUUCAAACUGGAAAGAUCACAAGAAAAUUACCUGUGCUAUUUUAAAGGUUUUGAAUGUUAAUUUUAGACCUAUGAAUGAAAGAUCAAAUCACACAGUGGUGAAAAUGAAUGUGAUAUCACAACUGUAAUAAAAAAUCAAAACAAAAA